ACAGGUUCCACAUGCCUACCCAGGAAGGUAUCAGUGGGAGAAAUGACCUACUAAAACUUAUUUUUCUCUAAACGGGUAUGAGUACGUCAGUGUGUCGGGCAGAAGGUCCCCGGUUCGUCUGGAUGAGAACUGGACCUACUGUGUUUUAACAGGGACAUUGUAAAGUGAACAUCUGGAGUCAAUAUCGGCCUAUUCACAAUGGCUAUUUUCUGACCUUGUUCCUGCAAAGAAUGACAGCUGGGGAAAGAAAUGGCGGAGAAAUGGUUGUGGAUGUUAAUACCACGGAGGGGAUGCUGGAGCUCACGUGGGAAAGAUGCUGGACAAGAGGAAGAACGACAUGUGAGAGCCAAUGACAGGGACUACAAUGAAAAGUUUGCAUAUGCUGACAAUCACAUCAGAACCUGCAAGUACAAUGUCUUCACCUUCCUGCCCAUCAAUCUGUUCGAACAGUUCCAGAGAGCAGCUAAUGCAUACUUCCUAGUGCUGCUCAUAUUACAGUUGAUCCCUGAGAUCUCCUCCCUGUCCUGGGUCACUACCACUGUGCCUCUGGUCAUGGUGCUGUUGAUCACUGCAGUGAAAGAUGCCACUGACGACUAUUUCAGGUAUAAAAGCGAUCAGCAGGUCAACAGUCGUCAGUCUCAGGUACUCAGGGGAAAUCUACAGAAUGAGAAGUGGAUGAAUGUACGCGUGGGAGAUAUCAUCAAGCUGGAAAACAAUCACUUUGUGACAGCUGACAUUCUACUGCUCUCUAGUAGUGAACCAUAUGGACUGUGUUACAUAGAAACGGCUGAGCUAGACGGGGAGACCAAUCUGAAGGUUCGUCAGGCUUUGACUGUGACCUCAGACUUGGGAGCGGACAUAACAAAGCUGGCUAACUUCAACGGAGAAGUUAUCUGUGAGCCUCCCAACAACAAGCUGGACAAGUUCACAGGUACUCUGUACUGGAGAGAUAACAAGUACCCUCUGGAUAAUGAAAAGAUGUUGCUGAGAGGCUGUGUGCUCCGGAACACGGACUGGUGCUUCGGAAUGGUCGUCUUUGCUGGGCUGCAAACCAAACUGAUGCAGAACUGUGGGAGGACUAAAUUCAAAAGGACCAGCAUUGAUAAACUGAUGAACACUUUAGUUUUAUGGAUAUUUGGCUUCCUAGUCUGCAUGGGUGUGAUCCUGGCUAUUGGUAACACCAUCUGGGAGCAGAAGGUUGGGAGGAGCUUCAGUGUCUAUCUCCUGUGGGAUGAACCAAUCAGAAACAACAAUGUGGUGUUCUCUGGGUUCCUCACCUUCUGGUCUUACAUCAUCAUCCUCAACACAAUGGUGCCCAUCUCUCUCUACGUCAGUGUGGAGGUCAUUCGUUUGGGCCACAGUUACUUUAUUAACUGGGACCGGAAGAUGUAUUACAUCCAGAAGGACACUCCAGCUGAGGCCAGAACCACCACGCUCAAUGAGGAGCUGGGCCAGGUGGAGUUUAUCUUCUCAGACAAGACAGGAACUCUCACACAAAACAUCAUGGUCUUCAACAAAUGCUCCAUCAACGGGAAGAGCUAUGGUGAUGUGUAUGAUGAAUUCGGCCACAAAGUGGAAAUUACAGAGAGAACGGCCUGUGUAGAUUUCUCUUUCAACCCUCUGAGUGACAGGAAGUUUAAGUUUCAUGACAGUAGCCUGUUGGAGGCCAUCAAGAUGGAGGAGCCAUCAGUGCAGGACUUCUUCAGACUGCUGGCUUUGUGUCAUACUGUCAUGCCUGAGGAGAAGAAUGAAGGGGAUCUGGUGUACCAGGCCCAGUCGCCUGACGAGGGAGCCCUGGUCACGGCCGCACGGAACUUUGGCUUUGUGUUUCGUUCCAGAACCCCGGAGACCGUCACGCUGUACGAGAUGGGGACGGCCGUCAACUACCAGCUCCUGGCCAUCCUUGACUUCAACAACGUGCGCAAGAGAAUGAGUGUCAUUGUGAGGAACCCAGCGGGCCACAUCAAGCUGUACUGUAAAGGAGCUGACACCAUCAUCUUCGACAGACUGGACCCGUCCAACCAUGUUCUCAUGAACACUACCUCAGAGCAUCUUUACGAGUUUGCUGGUGAAGGCUUGCGAACACUGGCCCUGGCCUACAAAGACCUAGAUGAGAAUGUAUUAGAGGAAUGGAUGAAGAGGCUCCUGUAUGCCAGCACUGUGAUAGAGAACAGAGAGGAGGGACUGGCUGAUCUCUAUGAGGAAAUAGAGACAGGCCUCAUGCUCCUCGGGGCCACGGCAGUAGAAGACAAACUGCAGGAGGGGGUUCCUGAAACAAUCGCCUGUUUGACCCUGGCCAACAUCAAGAUCUGGGUUCUCACUGGGGAUAAGUUAGAGACGGCGAUGAACAUCGGCUACUCCUGCAACAUGCUGAGAGACGAUAUGAACGAAGUGUUUAUCAUAUCGGGACAUUCUGUCUUAGAGGUGCAGCAGCAACUCAGGAGUGCUAAGGAGCACAUCCUGGGCCUGGGCAGAGUCAGCGGUACUGUAGAUGUGGAGAAGACAGAUGACUUCUCAGAGGAUUCUGUAUUUGAGGAAACCAUCAUAGCAGAGUAUGCCUUAAUCAUCAAUGGACACAGUCUGGCCCAUGCCCUGGAGCCUGAGCUGGAGCAGGUCUUUCUGGAGACUGCCUGUCUGUGUAAGACAGUGAUCUGCUGUAGGGUGACUCCCAUGCAGAAGGCCCAGGUGGUGGAGCUGGUCAAGACGAACAAGAUGGCUGUGACUCUGGCCAUAGGAGACGGAGCCAAUGACGUCAGCAUGAUCAAGACUGCUCAUAUAGGUGUAGGUAUAUCAGGUCAGGAGGGCAUGCAGGCUGUGCUAGCCUCCGACUACUCCUUUGCCCAGUUCCGCUAUCUGCAGCGUCUCCUGCUGGUCCACGGCCGCUGGUCCUAUUUCCGCAUGUGCAACUUCCUGUUCUACUUCUUCUACAAGAACUUUGCCUUCACCCUGGUGCACUUCUGGUUCGGCUUCUUCUGUGGUUUCUCAGCUCAGACGGUUUAUGACCAGUGGUUUAUCACUCUCUUCAAUAUAGUCUACACAUCCCUGCCAGUUCUGGCCAUGGGGCUUUUCGAUCAGGAUGUGAACGAAGCCAACAGCCACCGCUACCCUAGCCUGUACCGUCCAGGACAGCUCAAUGUCCUGUUCAACAAGAGACAGUUCUUCCUGUGUACGCUGCAGGGGGUGGGCACCUCCUUCCUCCUCUUCUUCAUCCCCUACGGAGCCUUCUGCCUCGUCGCCAGGGACGACGGAUCACACAUUUCAGACCAGCAGGCUUUCGCCGUCAUCAUAUCAACAUCCUUGGUCAUAGUGGUGAGCGUUCAGAUUGGACUGGACACCUACUAUUGGACAGCUGUGAAUCACGUAUUUGUGUGGGGUAGCCUGGCUGUCUACUUUGCCAUUCUAUUCGCUAUGCACAGUGACGGCCUCUUCAGCAUAUUCCACAGCCAUUUUCCUUUCAUUGGCACAGCCCGUAACUGCCUGACUCAGAAGAGUGUGUGGCUGGUUAUAAUGCUGACCACCGUGGCGUGUGUCAUGCCAGGGUUGGCAGUCCGCUUUCUGAAGACAGACCUUUACCCCACUCUGACAGACAAGGUGCGGAGCCUGCAGCAGGCCAGCAAAAAGCUGGGUCCCAAGGAGCAGAACCUGAGACGUGUUCGGAGAACCAGCUCCCGGCGCUCAGCCUACGCCUUCUCCCACCAACAGGGUUAUGGAGAGCUCAUAACCUCAGGGAAGAACAUGAAGGUCACCCCCAGCACCGCUGCACCGUCCUCAUCCCUGUCCCCAUCGUCCCCUGGUAGGGUCCACAACAGCAGAAGUUUGAUAGAGGGCAUGUCGAAGAGGAAAGGGGAAACACCGGCAGCCUGUGUCUCUGCUGAGGCCUACGGAACAUCCGGAACCUCGGAAGGCAACACUAGAACUCAACAGACUGUAAUGGAUUCUAAUGUUGUUUCUAAUGGGGCCGUUCAGACAUGACUCUUUACGACCUGUUUUUAGAUUCCUAACAAGCCGUUUAGAAUAUAAGAUGAUCCUGUGCGUCUACACCUGGCUCAGUGAGUAAGAGUUAGAGCAUGGUGCGGCACAACAUCAGGGUGGGGUUCGAUUUCCCACAUUGGAUCGAUCGGCCACAUAUACAGGUAACUGCCAAAAUAAUGGAAACACUUGAGGGUUCUGGCAGCUCUGUUAUGGUGCGAGGUGUGUUUUCCUGCCAUGGUUUAUGUCCACUGAACCCCCUUAGAGAGCAAGGUAAACUCCAAUAAAUACACAGCCAUUUCUAUCCAGAUGGGAGUGGUCUCUUCCAGGAUGACAAUGCCCCCCUAUCCACAGGGAACGAGUGGUCACUGUAUGGUUUGAUGAGCAUGAAAACGGUGUAAACCAUAUGCCCAUCUCAGUCAUCAGAUCUCAAAACAAUUGAACACUUCUAGAACGGUGCCUGAGACAACAUUUCACACCACCAUCCAAAAAAAAAAAACCCCCCACCAAAUUGAAAAUUAUUGUGGAUGAAUGGUGUCGCUACCCUCCAAUAGAGAUUCAGGCAUUUAUAGAAUCUAUGCCAAGAGGUGCAUUAAAGCUGUUCUGGCGGCUCGUGGUGCCCCCCAACGCCCUAUUAAAACACUUUAUGUUGGUGUUUCCUUUAUUUUGGCAGGUACAUGUUUGUCACUGUCAAUGUUGACAGUUCUGUGAGUCACUUUGGAUAAAAGUGUCUGGUAAAUGACUAUACUGUGGGCACUGGACAAGCAGCAGCACACAAGAAAAUGGAGAGUAAGUCAAACUCAAUCAUCAGAGGACAUGAGCGCACCAGCAAGCAGGCUCCAAAAGAACCAGCACAGGAAUAUCCAAUCAGUUGCUGCUCUGGGAUCAACUCAUGUUCAGAAAGAUCACUGUAGGCUCUAGUCCAUCUGAAUCCGUGGAGUGUUACAGAUUUAAAUUCUAAGGUCAUUUUUUACUAUUGGGCCUUCGUCGGCAGUGUUUACCGUGAAUACAGUCUCCGCUAACAUUGCCUUUAAAUUGAAAUCCCACUGUAACGCUUAAUUUCCACGAAAGGGAUUGAAUAGAGACCUAAGCAUUGGAGUUUUGAUUUUUGGUGGAGAUCUCCUUUUCAAUAAAUGUAGGAGUAGAUAGAUGUUUUAGUAGCCUGGGCUGGACAGGUAUGAGUUUGGUAUCAUAGCCACUUGAAACAGUGAUAAAAUACAGGUAUGUACUUCAGGCUGCUUUAGGAAAACAUUCAGCGCAACUCUAUCAUUGUUAGAACACUGUGUUACAAAUCAUCUUUUGUCGAUGACCAUGAAUAUACUAAAUGUUAUUUAAAAAUAAAAACAAUUCUGGUUUUGCACAUACA